CUGGGAAUAUCUGGAGAAGCUUUGAUGAGACGAUUCGAUGAGUUGAGUGCCAAAAUGGAAUAUUAUGCUGAUUAUCCGAUCAGAAAUUUUUCUCUGCCAAGCCCACCUGCAUUAAACAUAACUGUAAAUGAAUUUACAGUUGGUCAAGUCUGCAACUUAAUCGAGAGGAAUGUGCAUGUGAUCAUCAGCCUGACCACCUGCUCGGUGGCACAGUUAAUCGAAUCACAAACUUCACCACACAGAAUAACACAUGUGGCUAUCCCCAGACCAGCAUGCUCUAAAGAUUCCAUCGAUUCGAGUGCACUGUCAGCCUCAACAACAAUAUGGAUUCAACCAACACCUGAGCAUACAAGCAGAGCGAUAUACGAAUUAAGCGAAACUGAACGUGCUGCUUUAGCUUUACUUCUAAGUGAUUCACCUACUUUAGAAGUUGAGGCAGUUUUAGAUUUAAUCUUACAGGCAGAAAUGAACAAUGAAAAAUUCGUUCCAUACUUUACAACUCAAAUGUAUUCCACCAAAAAUCUGUCGAAUAUUUUCUAUCCAACUUCAAUUAUAUACAGAACAGUCGACGAUUUACUGAAUCGAGUGAAAAAUUUACAAAAGCAAACAUCAUCGAAAUUUCUGUUGACUCAUAUAUUUCAACUGCAGAUGAAACCACUUGAUCUGGAUCAGCUGUACUCG